AUGUUAGAUGUCGAUGCGCUGAACGGUCGACUGCUGUUUGCCAUCCCCAAGAAAGGGCGGUUGCACGAAAAGUGCAUGGAACUGUUGGCAGGGGCCGAUAUCCAGUUCCGCAGGGAUCACCGUCUGGACGUAUGUCUAGUUAAGAAUCACAACAUCGCAUUGGUAUUCCUGCCCGCAGCCGACAUCCCCUCCUUCGUCGGGAAGGGUAACGUUGACCUCGGUAUUACCGGCCAGGACGUGCUUCAGGAGGCUCAAAUGCAGCAGCACGUCACCGAGGUUCUCCCACUCAGCUUCGGCAAGUGUGCGCUGCAGGUGCAGGUCCCCGAGGCGGGGCCCAUCCAGACGGUCGAACAGCUCGCGGGCAAGCGCGUCGUCACCUCCUUCGAAGUCCUCUCCGGCGAGUACUUCGGAAAGCUCGACGAAAAACUCAACCUCGCCGGAGAUAGCAAGACCAAUAUCGAGUACGUCGGCGGCAGCGUCGAGGCAGCGUGCGCGCUUGGGCUCGCGGACGGUAUCGUUGAUCUCGUAGAGUCUGGCGACACGAUGCGUGCGGCCGGCCUGCACGCGAUCGCGACGCUUAUGCAGUCCGAGGCGGUGCUCAUCAAGUCGAGCACGCCGAAGCACGAGUCGCUCGACCCGCUCAUCAAGCUGAUCACGGCGCGCAUCGCGGGCGUUGUCGCCGCGAGCAAGUACGUCGUCUGCGAGUACAACAUUCCCCGCGCGAAGCUGCACGACGCGACCGGCAUCACGCCCGGCCGGCGCGCGCCGACGAUCAGCCCGCUCGAGGACGAGGCGUGGGUCGCGGUGAGCAGCAUGGUCGAGAAGAAGCGCGUAGCGGACGUCAUGGACGAACUGGUCAAGAUCGGUGCCGAGGACAUACUCAUCUUCAACCUCGACAAUUGUAGAGUGUAA